CGAAUUCAAGUCUGUUCGGGUUCGGAAGACUGUGAGAGCUCGGUCUCGUCCAUGUGGCAAGCCGAUUGCUCCAAGGUUAAGUUACGAUUGCUUCGAGUGAUCGAUUAUGUCAGCCAGGUUCAUCCAAUUGUCUAAUGUUCGAGUCCCUCCCUGCAUCCUCUGCUAUCAUCUUUACUGCCACUAGCCUGUUGCACAGCGGGUACAUCGACCGUUCAGAGUUCGUCGUCGUUAUUGUAUCUUGGGGCACUCAACAUGCCUCGCGGAAUACCGAAUGCGAAGCGCGAUGAAUCCGCAAUGAGAUUUACAUCUUUCCAUGUCCCGUUGGCACCCAACCCCAAGCAUGUGGGGUCCACAUAUUUAAAGUCUGAGUCUCAAACCCUGUGGUCCCGGAACGCUGCACGCGCCGGAAAGAAUAAGGCUGUUGCAGACGAGGUCAGCGCACCAUCAGGCGUAGAGGGGAGACGGGGAUCCAAGGUUCUCGUAAUUCAUCCGGGCUCACGCUGGUUACGUGUUGGCCGAGCCUCGGACGUGACCCCAGUAACUGUACCUAACGUGAUCGCAAGAAAACAGAAAGAAGCUGUCCCGGAACCAGUUUUUGUUCCAAACAUCAUAAGGCCCCGAGAAGAUCGCAAACGUGGUCAUCCUGCAUUCAUUCCACAGCCCAACGAUGAAUAUGGUAUCUCAUUACAGUCUGACGAUCCGUUCGAUGAGAGGGUUGCAGCUAUUACUAUAUCAUUGCGAGACCGGAUGCGUUUUUACAAGUUGCGGGUUGCUACGAAUGCAGCGAACAUUGCCUCAACUUUCAAUGAAUCUUUCAAGCCUGAAAUUCUACCAGAAGAGAAUGAUCCUUUCCGUGUGAAUUGGAUCAGUACGUCCGCAAAGGAAUACCACGUGGGGGAGGAGGCUUUGCAUUUGUCGGACCCACACUCCUUAGGCUAUGUGGUCCGAUGGCCAAUUUAUGGGAGAACCUUCAACGCCAGAGGCUAUCCAAGCCGUCAGUUGAUUCUGGAAGACGUUGAGACAAUCUUGCGUAACGUCCUCCAGGAACAGCUAGACAUUGACUCGCGGUCCUACAAGGACUACUCAGUUGUGCUCGUCGUUCCAGAUUUCUAUGAUCGCUUCUACGUGCGAGAUAUGGCGCGCAUGCUCCUGAUAAAUAUGGGAUUCAAACAGUUGUGUGCACAGCAAGAGUCGCUAGCCGCCACAUACGGCGCGGGGAUGUCGAAUGCGUGCGUCGUUGACAUGGGCGCUUGCAAAACAAGCAUUGCUUGUGUUGACGACGGGCUCGUCAUAGGGGACUCCAGAAUGUGUUUGAGCAUGGGUGGCGAUGAUAUCACCGAGUUCCUUUACGUUAUGCUCGAGAAAAUGAACUUCCCAUACAGGGAUGUCAACCUUGCUCGAAGCUAUGACUGGCAUGUAUUUGAAGACCUCAAAGCCCGGCUUUGUACUUUAGCUGAGGGUGAUGUGGGACUUAACCUCUAUGAUUUUGUUGUUCGUCGGCCGGGUAAACCGACGGAGAAGUAUGGACUUCGAGCCUAUGACGAGAUCAUUCUUUCACCGAUGUGUCUUUUCGAGCCCAGGGUCAUUGAAUUUGACAAUAAACGAGCUGGCAAAGGCCCAAUACCGUCGAUAGACGUAACUGAAGAAAUAGUGGAGCAAACUUCCGAUCAUGUUACGCAAGCCAUGAUGAUCUCAACUCAACAUUUACUGCCCACCGCGCUCCCCAAGCCCAUCCUCGUUCAACAACCAGAGCCUCAAUCGUCCCUUCCCGCGUCUGGUCCUCAAACACCGGGUAUCAUCAACCCAGUACAGCCUUCUCCAUCAGUCCCCCAAGAGGGCGAGGACACCGUUACUCCUACUGCUGUUCCUUCUGUUCCUGCUGCUGCUCCGGAAGGCUCUGAGAAUCAGGCUCCCGAAACACCGGAACAAACAAUAGUUGACGCCUCCACGACUGAGCCGCAUAAUGCAGCCUCUACCGAAGUUAAACCUGUAGCGCCGACAGUUACUGGCGAUGGCACCGCAGACGCGCCAAUGGAGAUCGUCGAUGUCGACGAUGGCGAUACUAAAGCCAGUACCUCAGUUACGCCGGCCGCAGUACAAGUGCAGCAACCAGUACUUUUCCAGCCCCCUCAACCCGCUCCUGUUUAUCCCGGUGGUUUCCCUAUCGACGUGUUCUUUGAGGCAAGCAAGCUUCCUCUGGAUGUGGCCAUUUUCAACAGUGCACGAGCUUCCGGGGGAGAUGAGAAGAUUCGCAAGUACCUGCAAGCCGUACUUGUGAUUGGCGGGACAGCGCUUACCCCCGGGAUGGCACACGCCUUGGAGAGUCGAUUGCAGGCAAUUGCGACACCACUAGUGCCGAAUAUGGAGAAAGUACAGAUAAUCCCUCCUCCGAAAGACGUCGACCCUCGAGUACUUGCUUGGAAGGGUGCGGCGGUGUUAGGCAAGAUGGACGGAGUGGCUGAUUUAUGGAUCACUCCUCAGGACUGGGAUAUCUUUGGCAUGCGAGCCUUGAGGGAGCGGAGCUUUUUCCUAUGAUCACUGGUAUGAAUAUUGGCAUGAUAUGUUUCCCUUGACCUGUAUUAUGGAUGCUUGUACAGUAAUAAAUUGAGAUUGAGGAUAUCAAGGCAACAGAUUGCCAAGAAUGAUGCUGACAUGCGAAGUGAAAAGAAUUCAACAUAAGUAGGAGCAGUGUCCACGAAAUGCGUCCAAGCCACAACAAACGAAACCAUGAACU